CGAAAUUCGAUCAAAAAUCCGUAUGCGCGAAACCCGGUGCGCACUCGUUCAGAUGAGCACCGAAAAUGGCGGCCGCUGUUGUUCCCCCUGUGGCGACGAGCACCCAAACAAAUUUAGAGAAAAUUGAAAGUUUUAUGAACGACCCCAGCUACAAGGAAAUUCUCGAGAACUCGGUCAACUACAACACACGACUAUGCAUCGAGCGACGGCUGCGUCUGCCCUUCAUCGACACUCAGACGGGCGUCGCCCAGAACCACUGCGCCCUGUUCAUGAACCGGCGUCAGCGUAUCCCCGGCCUGUUGCCCGGCCAAAUCUACACCUACCCCCGGAUGCGGUGGAGGAAGAAGCGACGCCAGUACCUUACGAUGAACUCGAGGGCGUUCCAGAGGGCGGCUGACGCUAUGAUGGACGGUGACAUGGACAUGCACAGCAUCUCUCAGAUCGAAAAUCCGGCUUUGCAAGACACGGACAGCAAAGACAGCCAGCUAUUGCUUAAGGAUGAAGUCUCCAAGGACUGGUUCUACGACGAGCAAGACAUGUUGGAGAUGGACCCCUACGACGAGCCAGACCCGGACUCCGACCUGGACUACGAGGAGACCUACAAGAGGAGCAAGCGAAGGAAAGGAACCGGACGUGGUCGUGCUGGGGUUGACUCACCAUCAACGCCCGGAAGGAGGAAGGGCGGCGGUCGUGGUCGCAAGAAGGCCGGCCACAGUUUCGAGCCAACGCCCGGAGAUCCGGACAAACCGUUCGCCUGCGAACUGUGCGGAGCGCGUUACAAGACCCGGCCCGGUCUGACUUACCACUACGGCCAUUCACACAAAGAGGGUGCUAGCGACGAAAAUUCGCGCGACAGUACCGCCGCCGGCCCCCCGCAACAACAGCCCCCGAACGUCGCCGGCGGCGGCGGCAGCAGCGGCGCCGGUGUUGGUGGUGGCGUGAGCGGCGUCGGCGCGUCGAUGCCGCCGCACCUGGUCGGCGGUCCGUCGGCCGCGCAGCAGCAGCAGCAGCCGCCGCCGCCCGCCGCGCUGAUGGGGGGCGGCGCCGCGAUGCCGGGCGCGGUCGGACCGCAGCCGCAGCCGCCGCCGCCUCCUCCGCCCCACAUGGGCGUCGUAGAUCCCGGCGUCGCCGCCUCCGUCGCUAAUCCGCCGCCCAACCAGGGGCCCAACCAAGGGAACGUAUAUCAAGAUAGUUACGUUUCUUUUUUGAACCAGACACCCGGUACACCGGGCAGACGGGGCCGUCAGCCGAACCAGCCGCCGCCGAUAGUGCCGCCGGUGGUGCCCCAGAUGCCGCCGAUGCCCCCAUCUCAGGCCCCGCCGACGCUGGCCAUGAACUUGCCGCCCCAACAGCCACCGCCGCCUAUAAUGGCGCCGCACCUCCAACAGCAUCAGCCGCAGCAGCAACCGCCCCCGAUGGACGACCCCCCGAUGCCGGUGCUGAUGCCGGAGAAGGCCUUGGAGCCGCCGCCGCCCGUCCAGCAGCAGCAGCAGAUGGCGAUGCCGCCGGGACCGCCGCUCGGCGUGCCGCCCAUGAUGCAGGAGCAUCCGAUGAUGACGUCGGAGAAGAAGGCGGCGCCCAGUCCGUACUGCGACUUCUGUUUAGGCGACUCGAGGGAGAACAAGAAGACGGGCGGCGUCGAGGAGUUGGUCUCGUGCUCCGACUGCGGCAGAUCAGGACACCCGAGCUGCCUCCAAUUCACGCCCAACAUGAAGAUUUCAGUAAAGAAAUACCGUUGGCAAUGCAUUGAAUGUAAAUGUUGCUCAGUUUGUGGAACUUCAGAUAACGACGAUCAACUGCUGUUUUGCGACGACUGCGACCGCGGGUACCACAUGUAUUGCCUGUCGCCGCCCCUCGUCAAUCCGCCAGAAGGUUCCUGGUCCUGUAAAUUGUGCAUCGAGCAAUUUCACAAAUGAAUUACCUCCAAAUGAAUUUACUUUAAUUGUCCAAUCAUUUCGUUUAACUAUAUACUUCUUCCGUUCAAUGUAACACUUCGAUUAAGUUGUAAUUUAGUAUUUAGGUAAGAUAUUGUAAGCUAUAGGUACUUAACAAGAAUACUGUGAAUCUUAGUACUUAAUUUUUGAGGCCUAUUUUUGAAGUAAUUUUUAUACAGAGUGCAUUUUUUAUUGUAGCUACCUCGUUGAUUGACAUGGAUUUAUAAAUUACUUUUUGCUAUGAUUGUUUCAUUAUCAACUGUGACAAUAUUUUAUAUAAAUAUAUUUUUCUUGUAAAUUAUCAACGUUAUAAUUUGCAUGAUAAUAAAAUAAUUAAAAACA